UUAAGCAACCGGUUAGAACAAAAACCUGGCAGCCACUGCGGCCCUCCAGGACUGUGACUGAGGACCCCUGCACUAGAAGAUUCCACCUUAAUGGAUACACACUCGUGAGUCGGAGAGUCUUGGCUCUGAACCUGGCAUCUUGCAGAGUUUCUUUCCAACAAAAUCGUAACUUACAAGCAAACAUAUUGGUGACGUCAGAUGAAUUCGGCCUCCACAUUCAGGAGGCCCCUCGAGUUCUUCAGCUUAUCACUCACCUUCUCACGUUUGAUCUCAGAAUGAAUUCCAUACAAAAACUUGACACCCAAGCUGCACCCCUCACGUUAUUUCAUUUUUCUCAGAUUUAAAAUUGGGGUGGCUUUGCUGCCUUAUAAGCAGAUCAGGGGGGUUAAGGUAAAUCGCUGAGUACCUCACAUUAUGGGGGUAACUGAGGGAGAUCAACAGUCACUGAACAACAACUGUUGGAAGUGUGGAGUCUGACCUCCAAUCAGGCCACUUCUCCAGUGAUGUGUGCCUCGGGUAACGGCACGUGUGUGGUGCAGUGGCCCACCCAGCUCCUUCUACCCCCCCUCCCCGCGGCUGCAGUCUGUAGCACAAGGCAGGUGUCUGUGCUUCUACCAGGACCAUUUCAUGAAAGUUCUCAGUUCUUCUCCUUGCGGAGGCCUUCACCCUUGUCUCGGUCACUUCUAUGAUGUAAUGAGAACGUUAAGGCAGUGAUGGGCGGACAAAGUCCCAUGAAACUUCUGAGGCUUCCCUCCGAUUGUGCCGAAAAUAGUGACAUCUGCAGGAUUAUAGAAGUCACAGAAGCCAUGAGCUCCACGUAGCCCAGGCACCCCAAACCCAAGAACACCAAGUCCAAGUCGCAGGGGGGCUGCAGCCGAUCUACACAGCCGCUCAGGUUUGGCCGAUGAAAGCUUCAGCCUGAGACUGGAGAGGCAGAUCAUUCCACAGCUUUGGAUCGUUUCUUAUUGCUAAAAGGUCAACCUCCCUGCUGUCAUUUUAUUAAUCCGCACACUCCGGAUGGUCAGUGCUGAGCGGUAUGUCAAGGUGUUGCUGAUGGAGAUGCUGGAGGUGGACUUUUCAUCAGAGGGCACCUUCUGGAUCGGUGUUAUAAAGUGAGAUGAUGACAGAGUCUCGUGUGACAACUUGGGUGUGCCGCUUCACCAAGUGCUGAAUCUGCCGAGCCGUCUUUAACAAAAGAGCAAGGGGGGUGCUGGGCACAGUCAUUGGACUGACUCACUGGACCUUCUCGAAAUGUAGUUUGAGAAUUACAGCCGGAGACAUUUCCUGAUUUCUUUGGGGUCUGAGCAGAGCUCUCCCCCCCAAAUCAUGACAUGUGCUCCUUGCUGGCAGCUGCCACGACGUUAUUUUAGUGGUGGCGCUCUGACCGAUUUCUGAUCAGAGUUGCACACAAGCGGGUCUUCCGUUUUUUUUUCUUCUAUUUUUCUAUCUCCGUGGUUUGAAAUCUUCUGACCUUUCUUCAGCCUUUCAUUUUCUGCAGCUGCCUGGGCAAUUUCAUGCAAAGAGAACGUGGAAGGAAAUUCUUUCUGAAAUCGGGGGCUUUCCACAUCGCCGAUGUGUUUUUAAUUAACGCUCGACUCCUGCACUCAGCACUUUUGUGUCUCACAUUUGGUGCUCCAGGCCUCCUCUUCUCCGAGUGCCAUCGGAACAUGCAGAGGUUUGGAGGAUGGAAGGUUAAGUAGGGGCAGCAUUUCAGAGGUGGAUUGGGAGUGGGGUCCUCACGUGCCAGGGUGGGGUGGCAUUUUUUAAGUAACCUUAAGGUAACACCAUUUUGGUUCAGUAAGUCAGAACUUCACCCUACUUUGCUACAGAUCUCUCCGAGAACUUUGUCCGGGUUCCUCCUGACUGAGCCCAAGAAAUAUGAAAGGUGCAGCAAAAUCAUGGAAACAAGAAAUGAAACCUAAGAAUAAGAUAUUAAAAUGUAAAAAAUAAAUAAUAUAUAGGAUAUGGAAGAACUACCCCUGAUAAAGCAGGUCAGACACACACACGAGUGUAAAGUUUAUUAAAUCCGCUGUGACCGUUGGUGGAGCUUCACGGCCCCCCAGUGCGGGGUCUGACAUGUGGUGCCAUCACGCUGAGACUGCCCCUCUUGUCUUCAGGGAUACCAUCUGGAACCACCGGGUCACAUUCCUUCAAGAGCGGGUUUUGACCAAGUGGACCACCUGCACCAUCUGGAAUGCUGGGAAGCAGGGCCGUAAGCUGUACCGCAGCCUGUCUCCAGCCAAUCAGAAAAAGAUCACCGCUUUUUGUGACGUUGAUGAGAACAAGAUAAAAAAGGGCUACUACACUUACGAGGAGUCGGAGGAGAGACCAAAGCCCAGGAUUCCUGUCCGGCAUUUUAAAGACAGCAGCCCUCCUUACAUCGUGUGCGUUAAGCUGGACAUGACAGGUGGAGUUUUGGAGGAGAACCUGCACUCCCUGAACUUGGAGGAAGGGCGUGACUACUUCCACUUCAGCUGAGAUCCCCGGCAGUGAAGAACAGUGGAGAGGAGAGCCAUGCGGCAUCACAGACCCAGCAGCAGUCUGGGAAGACUGGCGGGCACAGAGCCAUGCUUCAUGAACCACUGCUCAGGGUCUCCCAUUGGGCUGACCUGGAGACCCCCCUCUGUCUGGUGUUCCAGCAGCAGUGUCCUCCACAAUGUUGAGGUAGAUGCCCACCAGCUCAUUGGCAUAUGUAAGGCUCUUUAUGAACAGACCACCAAGGAGAUUUUAUUUUACUUCUGUCACUUGUGUUGUUCCUGUUCUGUUUGUCAUUGUCAUUUGGUGUCACUCGUGUCAUCUCUGUGUUUAGGUUAAUUAAAUGGCUUUUGUUGGAUUUGUUACAUACUGUA